CUUCAUAUUCAAGAAAAGAAUGUCAUCUUUGGAGGGAACCGCUCCGCCGGCAGAAUUGCCACCUUGCGCUGCAGGAUUCACCUGGGUCAUUCUAAUGAGCACCUGCCUGCCGAACUUGGCACGCACAAGAAGACGUUGCUUUCUUGGAUAUUACUUUCACCAAAAACUGAAAAAGUGCAUGCGCCGCAGAUAUGACAAGGAGCAGGAGCCAGGUGUGAUAAAGAAGUGGAUGGAUCGCACGACCAAAAAACCGACUACAAGAAGACCUUGUCCUAAGCGCGGAUCUCGAUACACUGGCGAUUGGUUGGGCUACAACUCGGGAUAUGGAAAGAAUGAACCGCUUCCAUAAGAUCGUUAUUAUGGGAUAUUUUUAAAUAAAU